AUGCCUAGCACUGGGUUACGUACCGUAUGGAGAAUAGCCAGGGUGAUCUUUCUGCCUAAGCCAGGCAGAAGUGGCUACGACACGGCAAAAUCCUUCAGGCCAAUCAGCCUCACAUCCUUUCUACUAAAAACUUUAGAAAGGCUGGUUGAUAGGCACAUUAGAGAGCAUGCACUGGCAGAAAGGCCAAUACACGCCUCCCAACAUGCGUACCAGUCGGGCAAAUCCGUGGAGACGGCGCUCCACCACCUCGUAAGGGAGGUGAAAGAGGCCCUGCCCCAGGGAGAGUCCGUCGUGAGUACCUUCAUAGACAUAGAAGGGGCAUUUGACGGCACAUCCUUCGAUGUGAUGAAUGAAGCAGCAAGAAGCUUCGCGAUUGACAAUAGUCUGGUCACCUGGAUCGACAACAUGUUACGAACCAGGACUAUAAUAACCUCUUCCGAUGGGUCUUCGUUGAGGGCACGCAUCGCAAGGGGUUGCCCGCAGGGGGGAGUCCUAUCUCCCCUGCUGUGGACCCUUGUGGUAGACGGGCUACUCCACAGGCUCAGCGAGGAAGGUUUUCUGGUGAUAGGGUAUGCGGAUGACAUCUGUAUAUCGGUCAGAAGCAGACACCCGCACUAUAUAGCGAGAAGACUGCAAGAAGCACUCACACUCGUGCCAAAAUGGUGCCUAUCCCACAAACUCAUGGUAAAUCCUACCAAGACGGAGAUGGUACUGUUCUCGAAGAAAAGGUGCUUUGAAUUCAAGGCCCCCUCACUGUUCGGGGUGGAGAUCAGUCUAUCCACCUUAGCGAAAUAUCUAGGGGUCACCCUAGAUAUGAAGCUAAACUGGAAACUCCACAUCGAAAAGCAGGCACAAAACACAAUUGCAACCUACUGGGCCUGCAGGAGGAUGUUUGGAACUACGUGGGGACUAAAACCAAGAAUGGUCAGGUGGAUAUACACCGCAAUCUUGGUACCCCAAGUAACAUAUGCCUCCGUUGUAUGGUGGACCUCUAUGAGGAAACAAUGCAACAGGAGGCACCUGGAAAAGAUCCACCGCCUAGCAUUGCUCGGGAUGACUGGGGCCUUCCGCACCACACCGACAAUGGCAAUGGGGGCACUCAUAGACCUGGCACCACCACACAUCAUGGUAGAAGCAGGGACCAGGAGCACAGCCGUAAGACUAUUCCUAGCAGGCAAAUGGAAGAGGGCGUCAACGGGCCACGCGUCAAUCCUUAGGGUAUUCAGGGAACCAGGAGGGGCCUUAACUCUAGGGGGAGACGCCUGUGACCCGACAUACCAUUUUAAUAACAGCUUCCGGGUAAGUAUCCCAUGCAAAGAAGCGUUGGAAGCAAACCGGGAGGAACUCCUCACUCCGGGAGGGCUGAUUUGGUAUACAGACGGCUCCAAAACCAAGACGGGUACCGAAGCAGGAAUCUGGGGAGAGAGGCCCAGGGCGGAAAUAGCAAUGUCCCUGGACCCGCACGUAUCCAUCCUUCAGGCGGAAGUGUUUGCCAUAUGGGCCUGCCCCAAGCUGUGCUUGGAACGGGACUAUAGGGACAAACACAUCUACAUCUGUAGUGACAGUAAGGCUGGGCUUGGAUCCCUACGUGCUACGAUAGUGCGAUCCAGGCUGGUAGAAGACUGCACGGACAUGUUGGAACGGUUGGUUAAUAAAAACAACCGCGUCAACCUAAUCUGGGUACCUGGACAUGCAGGUAUCCCGGGAAACGAGAAGGCGAAUAUGCUGGCAAGGGAAGGAGCCAGAAAGCCCGACCCUGACACAGCAUACCGCAUAGGUGUCGACAGAGGAACGGUAAAGGAGAUGGUGAGGAAGUGGGCGAAUACCAAAAACCACCUGACCUGGAACGGUACUCAAGGAAUGAGACACACUAAGGCCAUGUUCAAAGGGCCAUCGUCACGGCUAGACAGGACUGUGAGCCGCCUAGACAGAAACCAACUGUGUUUACUCGUGGGGCUCAUUACUGGGCACUGGUAUACGAGGGAACACUUGAUACACCUAGGAACCGGCAGCGAACCAGGGUGCCCUAGAUGUGGAGAGGAGGAUGAGACUCCUCUCCACCUGAUAUGGCGUUGUAAAGGACUAGAGGCCCUAAGGCGAUCCAGUUUUAGGGCUGCCGUGCUUGACGACGCUCGUGUGGAGGACAUUGGAGUGGGAAGGCUUCUGGGCUUUGCCAAAGAGGCCGGCCUACACAAUAUACCUCAAUUUCAGUACUGCCCACAGGGGCUCGGGCCCAAUGGUCCCGGGAGGACUGAGUGCCCGCAGACUGCGCAGUAA